GUGUGUGUGUAUACGGUGGGAUAUAAAGAGCUCCAGCCCCUCGCCCUGGACUCACACUCAGCUGCUGAAGCACCAUGAAGUCCCUGCUGGGAGGAGUGUGGCUUCUCGGAGCCCUGAACGUCGCUGCAGCCUUCCCUUUGGUAAAGAACAUCACCCAGAAUGAGAUGCACAGACAGGAGCCCGUGAUCCCAGGUUUGCCGGACCGUUGCGACGGCCUAGGGUUCGACGCCAUCACCUUGGACGAGCAGGGAGUCACCAAUUACUUCAAGGGUGGGUCGGUGUGGGCUGGGCACAGAGGCCCCGCCCGGCACAUCAGCGGAGCCUGGGCCCAGGUCCCCACCCCUUUCGACGCCGCCUUCCGACUGCACCGCACCUCCAGCGACGGCCACGACCGCCACGACCAUGUCUUUAUCUUCAAGGGGGAGCGGGUAUGGCAGUUCCACGGCGCCGUGUCUGAGGGCAACUUCCUGAUCCGUGACCUGUUCCCCGGUGUUCCCGACGCGCCGGACGGGGCCGUGGAAUGUCCAAAGGGAGACUGCGCCGAGGACUCCGUGCUCUUCGUCAAAGGGGACACGAUGUACACGCUGGACCUCAGCACCAACACGGUGAAGUCGAGGCAGUGGGCGGCGGUGCGGGACUGCACGGCGCUGUCGCGCUGGCUCGACCGCUACUACUGCUUCCAGGGGACCCUCUUCACCCGCUUCCACCCGGUCACCGGCGCCGUGGAGCCCGUGUACCCCAAGGAUGCCCGCGACUACUUCAUGGUCUGCCCGGGUCGAGGCCACGCCAGUCGCAAUGCCUCGAUAGACAGGCGGGUCUUUAACCGCUGCAGUGACGUCCCGUACGAUGCGUUUGACCACGACGCGCUGGGCAGGAUGUACGCCUUCCGCGGUGACUGGUAUUUCCGGGUGGACUUACAGAGGGACGUCUGGCAUCCGUGGCCGCUCAGCUCCAGUUGGCUGGGGCUGCACGGACCCGUGGAUGCCGUCUUCAGCUGGGACAACAAGAUGUACUUCAUCAAGGUUAGUGACCCCGUGACUUACCAACUGUACCCAGUGAGUCAGUGACUGUACCCCGUGAGU